AUGUUCUUUUCUUUUCCUCAGUUGGCCAACUCGCGUUUUAGCAAUCACUGGCAGGACCAGCACCACAGCAGCCUUAUAAAUGCCGAUAGGGAAGCCAACUCUUCUUGUGAUGGUAUAAGAAGCAAACGUUCUAAUGAACGUCCAGGUUUCAGAAAUCUGGUGACAGUGAUCGGUUUUGGUUUGAAUUAUUGCUUGGCUGGAGGACUUAAUCUUCCCAAAAUACUCACUUGCCUUGGAUCUGAUGGCCGGAUACGCCGACAGGUCAUCAAGGGCCGCGAUGAUCCUCGACAAGACGCGGUCAUGCAGCAGGUCAGAAAUUGGCUCAUUGGUUCUUUUGAAUAA